ACAGGAUAUACAACUACGAAAUUUUUUGUUUACAAAAAAUUAUUUUUAAUCAAAAAUUAUAACUUUUAAUUUACUUUCAACUACCUAAUUUAAUUAAAACUUUUGAAAUAUUAAACUAUGUAUUUCUCUCAGUUUACACUCACGCUUAUUGAAGAAGUUAAAAAACGGGAAAUACUUUAUAACACUAAGUAUGACAAGAGACCGAAGCCAGAAAAGGAAGAAGCUUGGAGGGGAAUAGCUGAGAAGCUGAAAGUUGAUAGUGAGAAAUGUAAGAAACACUGGAAGAAUGUUCGAGACCGUUUCGUGAAGAUUAUGCAUCAACGUAAUCGUCAUUUUGCUUUAGGUGGAAGUGAAUUAGAUGCACCUCAUUACAUUUACUUUGACAAAUUAGCAUUUAUGACAGAGUUCUCAAUCAAAAAAGAGAUACAAGUGAGCAAUGAUUCUUAUGAAAUGAUAUUGAACAUUUCUCCAGAUCGGUUGAUUUACGAGAAAGUUGUCAACGAAAGAACCAUGCAAAUGGAUUACACUGAUCAAUUUCUAGAAAACGUGAGGAAAUACCCAAUUCUAUAUGACGAAAACGCUGAAAUGAGAAAAUAUCGCUCAAAAGAAGUUUGGAAAACACUUACUGAUCAUUUUGGAAAGUUCAGUGUUGGAAAACUUCGAAAUUAUUGGAUAACAUUAGUGAGGAAAUAUAAACUUUACUUGGAGGGAGCUUAUGAGAAUAUCGAAAAUGAAGACAUCUUUGAGAAAAUGUCGUUUGUCAAAACAGGAGCUGACACAAAGAAUAAACAAUCUUCAGUUUCGAGUGAAUUCAUUUUUCAUUCAAAUGACGAUUCGAGACUGGAGACGCACAACAGUAAAUCAUAUUUUGAAGAACUUGAUGAAGAAUUUUUGUGUGAGGAAAUAGAAAAUAAUGAAAUGAACUCUUUUAAAGGAUCAGAUGACGAAAACGACACAGAAUAUUUUACAACAAUUUCAGAAGUUGUUGAUGUUAUAGAGGAAACAGAAGAAUUUGAAGAAGAAGCUGCACCCAAACCUAAAAGAAUAAAAACUUCAACUUCUGAUUGUGACUUCAAAACUAUUGUAGUGACAGAGUCUAAAGAACAAAAUUCUUUUUCACACCUUACCGAUUUUAAUGAGAAACUUGACACGUCUUCGUCACAGAAAGAAAUUCCUUCGACUAUUUCUAAUCCUGAAAAUGAAUUUCUUCUAUUCGGCAGAAAAGUUGGACUUAAACUUCAAUCUCUAGCCAACAGAAACGUCAUCGCAGCACAAAAAGCUGAAAUUCAAAUCUUACAAAUUUUCAUGAACUUAGAAGAGUCUCUUGAAAGCUAAAAAUUUCUAUGCAAAAUAAAAUUUAAUAUAAAUUAAUAAAAAUAAUUUUUUUUGUC